AUGAGUUCCUCCGCACAGCCGGCGGGAGCGCUCAAGCCUGAGAAGGAGAAGACGGGGAUUGGAAGGGUGCUCUCCAAGGUCAAAACCGCCUGGCGGAGUGGUUCGAAGCGUCAGUCGACAGUCGCCGCUGCGGCUCCCCAGGGCGGCGCCGCUGCUGUGCCUGUCACGGUCCAAGUGACCAAAGCCGAUGUUGUUUCUAAGCCGAGCAGCAGCAGCCAUGCCGCCACUAGACUUGCCGAGGCACGAGCUGCCUACGAGGGAUUGACUGGAGUCAGCAAGCUCUCGAAGCUGGAGCUGUUUGAGGAGCGAGCAAAGAAGCUGAAUGAACGAUUUGGCCUUGAGAUUCAACCCAUGGAAUGGCAAAAGGCCAUCCCAAACGACACCGUCCUGCGCAUGGACAAGCCCAUUCGAAUGCGCAUUCGCCGAACCUGUCACCGCUGCAACGCUACAUUUGGCGCUGGCAAGGAAUGCCCCAACUGCAACCAUGCCCGUUGCACUAAAUGCACGCGUUACCCGCCGAAGCGCACCGAGGCCGAAAUCAUUGCCAGCCGGGAAAGGAGAGCUGCCAAGAUCAAGGCUAACCGCGAGAACGCGCCGAUCGAGCCCGACUACGGCCCCGAGGACAAGAACUUUGUCCUCAAACGCCCCAGCAAGACGGGCGGUCAGGAUCUUGUCCAUAAGAAGCCUCGUCAACGUGUUCGACGGACUUGCCAUGAAUGCAACACGCUGUUCAUUGCCGGGACCAAAGUCUGUGAGAGAUGCAGUCACGUUCGCUGUACGGACUGUCCUCGAGACCCGCCCAAGAAGGAGAAAUACCCCUUCGGAUAUCCUGGCGAUGAAUUUGGCCCCAACAGUGUCCCUCACUACGAAUGUGAGAAGUGCAAGACGCUCUAUCCCAAGGACGCCGCGAAUGGGACAGAAUGCAGCAAGUGUAAAACUCCAAAAUCGAAGGCUUCUCCUCGUGCUCGGCCUCGCAAGGUGGAACCUAUACCCGACCCCGAUGUUUUGCAGCAGAUACAAACCAAGCUGGACAAUUUGAAAGUCACAUAG